AUGAUGGUUAUUGAUAGGAUAGGCCUUGAAAUUGUAACGGCGGAGAUGGUUAUAUUUGUCGUUGUUGAAAUUAUCUUGCGUUUGUUUAUACUUUUUGGUGGUGCAAUUCCGUAUAUCUUUCAAUACUUGGAGAUUCUUGAAAAGAAAGAUGCUCAGGGUUUUUCACUGUACGUGUGCUUGGCCUUAUUUGUUGCAAAUAUCCUUCGGAUAUUAUUCUGGUUUGGGAAAAAUUUCGCUUUGGUUCUGCUAGGUCAAAGUAUUGUGAUGAUUAUAUGUAUGGCACUUAUGUUAGAAAUUUCUGUUAGAAUGAAUCGAAGAAAUUUGCCAAAGUCAAAGCGAGCUUCAAUAUGGCGUAAGUUCUGCAGUUGA